GAGAGGGCGGAGCCUCUGCUCCCGGCGCGAUCACUGAUUGGAUUAGAUUGUAGCCCGGUAACUGAGAAAGGAUUUUCUAGCAAAUAAGAAACGCCCCCACCCCGUGCCGGGAAACUAACUUCAAACAACAAAUGUGAGAGUCUCGGCAGUCAGACAUUCACUCAGAUACAGAGAGGUGCUGGUAAGCUUUAUUAUCAUAAGAUGACGUCCGUGUGUUAAUAAGACUUUAUGAUCAUUUGAUUUAGAUUAGGACCAAGUGGCUUUAUUAAUUAUCCCAUCAGGAAUACAACACUUACGUAAAACUAUUACAAUCUUAUAGUUUGCGUAUUGACAGCCAGCUGAGCCGAGGAGGUGACGCGUGUCAGUUUCCGCUGAGGAUUUAGUAUUAGGAGCAGAGAUUCAGAUGUCCCAUUCUCACAGAGGUCUUCUUAAUAAGCAGUGACAGUAGAUUCAGAGGACAACAGGUUUUGCUCAACAGGCGCAGGGAUGCCCGAUGCUGGGACAGACAUGGGGAUGGACAGCGAGAGGAUUUUUGGGGCGAAAGCUCCGGCCCCCGUAGGCACAGAAAACACCCCUCCUUCGUCUCUGAGCAGCGGUCGUCCAGCUGAUAUCCUGCGAAACUUUUACCACACGAAAAGAGUUGGGAAUUAUCUGAUCGGGAGGAAGCUGGGAGAGGGCUCGUUCGCCAAAGUGAGAGAGGGGCUUCACGCGAUCACCGGCGAGAAGCUGGCAGUGAAAGUGAUUGACAAGAGGAAGGCCAAAAAGGACUCAUAUGUCACAAAGAACUUGCGGCGUGAAGGGAAUAUUCAGCAGAUGAUCCGGCACCCCAACAUCACCCAACUGCUGGACAUUUUGGAGACAGAGAACAGCUACUACCUCGUCAUGGAGCUCUGCCCUGGUGGAAACCUCAUGAACCACAUUUAUGAGAAGAAAAGGCUGGACGAAAGAGAAGCCCAGAAAUAUGUGCGCCAACUAGUCAUGGCAGUGGAGCACCUGCACAGGGCAGGAGUUGUUCACAGAGACUUGAAGAUUGAAAAUCUCCUCCUUGAUGAACAUGACAACAUAAAGCUGAUCGAUUUUGGCCUCAGUAACUGUGCAGGCAUUCUGGGAUACUCUGAUCCCUUCAGCACACAGUGUGGCAGCCCAGCAUACGCUGCCCCUGAGCUUCUCUCAAGAAAGAAAUACGGGCCCAAAGUGGAUGUCUGGUCAAUAGGGGUGAACAUGUAUGCUAUGCUGACUGGUACUUUACCAUUCACCGUGGAGCCAUUUAGCCUGAAAGCCCUUCAUCAGAGGAUGGUGGACAAAGAUAUGAACCCUCUACCUCCAUCUAUCUCUUCAGCUGCCAUCAGUCUGCUGAAGAGACUUCUCGAGCCUGACCCCAAGAAGAGACCCAACAUCCACCAAGUGAUGGCUGAUCCGUGGCUGCAGUUGGGCAACCCUCACACUGGAGUUCCUUACUUAAAUAGGAUCCACAUUGAGGAGAUCAACCACACUGUUCUGCUCCACAUGACUGAGAAAAUGGGCUACAAACACAGUGAGGUUCUGAGCGCGGUGCUCACUAACAAAGCUUGCCACACGCUGACUGUGUACUUCCUGCUCAACAACAAGAUGAAGAGACUCUCAAAAGAGUACAGGGAGAAACAGUACAACAUGGAGAAGGAGAAAAAGAGUGAGCUGUUCCAGACUCAAUGGAGGAAACACGUUGAGAAGAUUACGAUUCCACCCAAACAGACACCCGUGUAUCUCGCUGUGAGCAAAGGUCCCACCAAGGAGAAGAAACACAGAAAUGGUCUUCUGAAAGCUGUGACCGGAGGUUUUAAAGAUGUUUACUCCGGACGUGGUGGUUGUAUCACCUCCUCCUCUCUGGAGUACAUGGAGAUCCACCCCCUGUACCCAACCCCACAGCCGACCCCACAGCGGACCCCAACCCAUCCUACACCCGAGACCCAGCCGGUCCAGAAAGACAGCUCCAAAGAUUCCCCAAAAGUUGUCAGCAUCUCCGCUCGCCCACCUUCCUCCCUCGGCGCUCAUUCCUGGGCUACCGCAAGCAAGGAACCAAGCAAAGAUGCUCCUCCUUCGCCAUGGUUCAAGCUGACCAACGGAGCGCUCUCUCCACCUCGACACGUGUCUGCUUUUCAGCCCGAUAGCUCAUACUUGAAGAAGGCCACAAUCCCCAGCCCACCUGUUCUUAUAGUCAAACCUCAACUCAAGAAAAUUCCUCCCGCUGCAGAUUGUUCAAGCUCCUCAGAUUCAAGCAGUAGCCCACCCAGCAGCAGGGUUAGUGAGGAACCUGACAGCCCUCAGCACCGCAGCAAGUUCCCUACCAUGGGCAUUGGGCAGAUUUUCAAGAAAAAAGUGGCGCCCUUCAGCUUCCAGCUGCCCCUGUUCAGGCCAGAUCCUGUGGUGGAAGUGGAGUCUCCAACUCCCUACCAUAUGCAAACUCUGCUCUGUACCUCAGGGGCUCUCAAAACCCUGUGCUGAGGAGGAGAACUUUAAGAUUAUAUAAAGUCAGAUGUAUGCAGUAACAUGUUCUCACCGGCAACACUCACAGUUUUUCAGUUGGGCUUCCCACACAUAGGCCAGAUAUAUUUAGCAUGUGUUAUACACAUAGCUUGAGUGAAGGCGUCCAGAGAACAGAUAGGCUCUGAACACUGUGUAAAAUUAGAUCUUGAGGUUACUUAACCCCAGGACAUUAAACACUGAAUGUCGAGUUCACACGCAGCAACACAUACAACAUGAUUCUAGUCCAAGUGCCAAGUAGCAGCUGAGCUGAGCCAACCUUUAAUGCACAAUUCUUCUGUGAAACAAAGCUGUCACUGCCCACAAUAAUGUUUGUACUAAUAUGUGUUGUACUGUAAUACAAUUAAGACUGUUAAUGAAUGGUUGAAGGGGUUUUUCAUAGCGUGUUUAUUUGAUCAAACAACAUUAGUGGUUUUUAAGGCCUUAUGUUAUUCAACCUCAAAUUGUAAUGACACUCAGGUUAACAGUGCUGAACUUUUCCAAUAGCCUCACUUUUAAACCUGUGGUGAAACUAUCAGUAUUUAAUUGGAAGAUGACAUUCCUAUUGAUUUUCCUCUUUAGGGGAUUGCUGACAUUUUGUAUAGCCUUAAAUAUCUUGUGUUCAGCCUUUGGGGAAAUUUUAAGUAUUAUUUGAACUCUUAGUGUAUAAGAUUCAUUCUACUUGCAAAAUAAUAGAUUGUGCAAUACUGUGUAUAUUUUUGAUUGCUGACCUGGUUAUAAUCAGGUUGUUGUUUUCUUUCCAUCAAACCCACCUGUACAUAGAACGCAAGAGUCUUUCAUUCCAUGUUUAAAGGUGAUUCAUGCUGUCAUUACACAUUAGAUAAACUGUGAAAAAAAUUUUCUCAUCUCAGCUACACUUUUGCAUGCACACCAGGAUUUAAAAAAAAAAAAAAUGUGAUGUCAGUUUUUUGGUGACACGUCUUUGUACUUUUGCUAUGGUGAAGAUGAAUUUGAAGGUCUUUUGUAAGUUUUGUAUUGAUUUCCUUUUUGCCAAAAAAAGUUUUUUUUAUUCUGUAAAAAAGAUUUUAAAUAUUUAUAUUUUAAAAAAUAUUAUUUGUGUUCUGAAUUUUCUAUUUUAAAUCAGCAUGUAUUACUUUUUUGACACACAAAUAAAUGCACAAUACCUAAAUACAGAUUUGCAUUUCUUUACAUACAUAAAAUGUCUCUUUUUUUGGAUGGUAUUUAAACAAUUUGUCACAGAAUCUAAAUUCUAACAGUUGUUUAUGAAGAAACAGGUGACUUGGUGUCUGUGUGCUUUUCCCACGAGAACCCAGCAAUAACCAUUAAAUGAGUGACAGCUGAAAGACCCUUUGUAAGAUAAUCCAGUCAGCUGCACCCUCACAUGCACAAACACACAUAUUAUGACCCACAGACAUGUACACUCAAGCCCAGAUAAAUCUAAGCUGAUAAAAGCUGAAGGACAAAAGAGGAUUCAAAGUAUAUUAAAAUCAAACUCUUUGUUUACAAAGGACGACACUCAUUGAAAACCC